AUGCAGCAAGUGCCAGGCUCAGGCUCAGAGGCCAGGCUUUGGGGAACGGCCAUCACCUGUAUUGAGCUGGAGCAUGAGUGGACAGGUGCCAUGCCUGAAGCAAAGGCUACAGGCAUCCAGACAGCAUUGUUUCAGUCUCUGCUGCAAGGCUAUGCCAGGGAAAAUGGCCAAGGGAUGGGAUGGGGUCUAGAUGCCCUGAUAACUAGGACCGAGGGCAGGGACACCAGAUCAUCCUCGGAGGUGGGGCAGCCCCCACAGUCACCACGGACCACGUGGCCCCUUCCAAAUCUUUUAACCUCUCCGGACCUCCUGUCCUUCAUGAUGAAAUAA